AUGUCAGUUAAAGAGCAGAAAAAAAACGAAGUAAGGCAAGUUCAAAAUAAAAAGUAUAGGACUUUAAGAAAAAAUCAAUUAAAAAAAAUAAAUAACUAUUUCGAAAAAGGCGGAAAAAAUGAGGAUGAAUUAGAAAACUUGUUUCGAAAAGUUCAGAAAGUUUUAGAUACAUCCAGCCAAAAAAAAGUAAUUCAUAAAAAUAGGGUUGCUGGCGAAAAAAGCAAAUUACGAAAGGCUUUUCUUGAAAGCGAUGUUUUAGGAAAAAUUUACUAUUCUAUUUUAGGUAAAGAAACAAAUUUUUGUCAAUAUUUUCUUGGUGGAGAUGUUAAAGAAAAAAUUAUUGUUUUGGUUGUUCCAUUUAUUAUUGGCAGUCUUCAAUUGCUUCAUGAUAGAGCAACCGGAGGUUCUCCAGAAGGAUUUGCUAAGGUUUAUCAGAAUUUGAUUAACAGCCAGCCUGCUAUAAAAGCUAUUGUAGAGGCAAUAACCAAAGCCAAUUAUAAAAGUUGGGCUAUUGCUAAUGAUAAACCUGUUGUUAACUUAGGAGAUUAUAGUUAUAUUGAAGAUAGUCCUAAUUUUCUCAGCAAAGGCUAUUUAGAAAAGGAUUCAGAUGUUAAUGAUUUUGCUAAGCAAAAUCAGAAAUAG